CGGGGGGGUUUGAGAGUGGCGGAGGCCGCGGAACGACGGGAGACGGCGGCCGUAGUGAAGAACGUCGAGCGCACGCACGGCGAGUGGCAGCUUAACUAUAGCCACCUCGCCGUCCCGGCCGCGUGUGCGAGGGCGGGGCUCGAGACCUGCGGCAGCGGGAGAUGCGGGCGGCUGCGGGCACGCGGCUGGCUCGGCUCGGCCGCCGCUUUCUCGGGCCCCGGCGCGGGGGUCGCCGCUGUUUGCCGUGCCGUCUUUGAGGUCCGAGUGUGAGGAGCGGUGGGCGACAAGAGUCUCGCACCGCGUUCAAGGCCGAGGAGUCCUGUGCCCUGCCUGCCCCUUGCUAUGGACAGUGCCGUCACUCUCUGGCAGUUCCUUCUCCAGCUCCUGCAGGAGCCUCAGAAUGAGCACAUGAUCUGCUGGACAUCUAACAAUGGGGAGUUCAAGCUUCUGCAGGCGGAGGAGGUGGCUCGUCUUUGGGGGAUUCGCAAGAACAAGCCUAAUAUGAAUUAUGAUAAACUCAGCCGAGCCCUGCGAUACUACUACGUAAAGAACAUCAUUAAAAAAGUGAAUGGUCAGAAGUUUGUGUACAAGUUUGUCUCCUAUCCAGAGAUUUUGAAAAUGGAUCCACUGACGGUAGGCAGGAUUGAGGGAGACUGUGAAACUUUAAAUUCCAUUGAAACCAGCAGUUCCAAAGAUGUUGAGUAUGGAGGAAAGGAGAGGCCACCUCAGCCUGGAGCCAAGACAUCUAGUCGCAAUGACUACAUACACUCUGGUUUGUAUUCUUCAUUUACUCUCAACUCUCUGAACACCUCCAAUAAGAAGCUUUUCAAGUCAAUAAAGAUAGAGAAUCCAGCGGAAAAACUAGCAGAGAAGAAAGCCCAGGAGCCAACACCGUCCGUCAUCAAAUUUGUGACAACACCUGCCAAAAAGCCGCCCAUCGAGCCUGUCGCUGCUGCCUUUGCAACGAGCCCUAGUCUUUCUCCAUCUUCUGAAGAAACUAUCCAAGCUUUGGAGACAUUAGUCUCUCCCACACUACCUUCCCUGGAAACCCCAGCCUCCAUAUCCAUUCUGGCUACCACCUUUAACCCCACUCCUCCGGUUCCAUCCACACCCCUUCCUCAAAAGGAGCCUCCCAGGACACCUUCUCCACCACUGAGUUCUAACCCAGACAUUGACACAGACAUUGAGUCAGUGGCUUCUCAGCCAAUGGAACUUCCAGAGAACUUGUCACUGGAGCCUAAAAAUGAGGAUUCAGCUUUGCCAGAAAAGGACAAAACAAAUAACUCAUCAAGAUCUAAGAAGCCCAAAGGAUUAGAACUGACACCCGCCCUUGUGGUCACAGGCAGUGACCCCAGCCCCUUGGGUAUCUUAAGCCCAUCUCUCCCGACAGCGUCUCUUACACCAGCACUCUUUUCCCAGACUCCCAUCUUGCUGACUCCGAGCCCCUUGCUCUCCAGCAUCCACUUUUGGAGCACUCUCAGCCCGUUUGCUCCCCUGAGCCCAGCCAGACUGCAAGGUGCUAAUACGCUUUUCCAGUUUCCCUCUGUACUCAACAGUCAUGGCCCGUUCACUCUGUCAGGCCUGGACGGACCUUCCACUCCGGGCCCAUUUUCUCCAGACCUGCAGAAGACAUAACCAAACGGUGCAGUUGUGGACUGAGAGACCAAGGGACUAGGAAACAGACAUCCGCCAUGACUCGGUUCGAAAUGAGGGAUUGUCUGCAGUGCUCGUGAUUUUCCCACUGCCUGUCGCCAGGCCUUUCAGGACUCUGUACAGAAAAUGCCUUAAUUGGAGUCCAAGCUCCACCUCACUUCUUUUUUUAAAAGGUGGUUUUUUUGUUGUUGUUUUUGCUUUUUUUUUCAGCUUUUUUUUUUUUUUUAGCUUUGUGCAAAAAACAUUGGUCUAUUGGGGUUCAGCAGCUGUGUUUCUCAAGAGAGUCACAGAACAAAGUCACUGGUCUUGGAUGUUAGGACCCUUUGGCCAGGGGGAGAAAGUAUGCUUAGAGUCUGUUACUUAAAGAAAUACUUGUUAGCUAUGUAUGAUGGCCCACUUCUGUGAUCUCAGCACUUGGGAAGCUGAGGUGGGAGGAGAACGCCAAGGAUGGAGGGCCAGCCUGGGCUAUAUAUAUAGUGAGACUGUCUCAAAAAAUACUACUUAAAUGAAGCUAGUAGUAUAUUUAGUAGUGAGUACGCUCUGUUGAGUGUCUGAAGGGAGCAGCUCAUCAGGAGUGGGAGAAACCUUAGGUGGAUUGGCCAUGCUGGGGCUCUGGUGUGCCCUGAGCUCUGACAUGACAGUUCCACAGAAAGGCAUCUUGUUUGCACUUGAGCACAUCUCUGUGCCAUCCAUACCUAUGAUCAUGUCUGAACCUGUCAGUAGGCCCUGAGCUAUUUUAACACAAGACUUUGAAAGCUCAUUUUUAAUGUGGGUUUUGGAACAUUCUGUGAGGAUAGGAGAAUCCACUGUGAGCACAGAUCUCUGGUGUGUGCUUUGAGUGGUGUGGUUCUGUAACCAUGCAACACAGCAUGCAAAUGGUGAUUUGUACGAGAGUAGCGUUGUAGUUUGAAAGUUAAAUAUCACAGGCAACCAAAAAGGUUCAGUUAAAUACCCAGAGAUAGGAGGUGGGCUAUUUUCCAGCUAGAAGGUCCCAGAGUGACAGGCCCCUUUUCUUCUUGUCAAUUUUAUCCACUUCUGCUAUGCACUUAACAUGAUAUUCCCUUUUAAAUCUAAGGUCAGAGGAUGAAGCAGCGCUUAGGUGUAAUCAGGAAGGCGAACUCCAAAGUGAAACGUGCAGCCAGCUGGAGAUACAGACUUGCUUAUUUCUUUUCAAAAGUGUUUUAAUUUAUGGAAGAUCAGAUUGCAUCUGACCAUUCUCAUACAUAGGAAUUUGAUUAUUAAGUUAGUAAUGAGAAGUAGGGGCCUUUCACCUGCAUAUUAUAAAAUACUGUGUGGUAAGACAGAGCCAGAUGUGUACGUUGAUCUUGAAUUGAUGCUAAUUUCACAGUGGAAUCUUGAAAAUUUUGACUCUAAAGUCCAGAAUUAAAUUACAUGUUCUUCCCCCUGCCCACUAAACCCUAGCCGUGACCUGAGUGGCAUGAAGGAGGGGCUUGUGGGCUCAGAAUGACACUGAUAGCCGGUGGCCUCUUUUCAGCUGCGUAGCAUUGGCUGUCCAGUGCAGAGACUGGAAGUGUGCUGGCUGGGGAGGGGAGGGCCACAGUGCCUUUUAGAGGGGUGGCUGGAGACCUGUUACUGGUUCAUUUAUGGCUGUCUGAAGAGCUCUGUUCCCAGGAUGUGCAAUAGUAGUGUGGGAAGCAGUGUUCAGAGUGGGAACAGGUACUGUAAUGGGCUUCUUCUCAUGGUGCGUUAUUUAGUUUGCAUGCACAUUUGGAAUUUCCCUCAGCAGCACUUUGUAGUAAUUUAGUGGGUUAAUAUUGUGUAAACUAAGUAAGUAUUGAUAGACGACCUAACUAGAUAUUUGAAAUUCUGAAAACAUAAAACUAUUUUUAUCUUCUUGAGUUAAAGGAGAAAAGCCAUUGGAGUGUUUUUACAGAUGAACUAUUUGGUAAUUUACUGUCUUAGCACAGAGCUGCCUUGGGUCCGAGGGCACCAUUUAAACUCAGGCCGGGUGUGGUAGCACAGGCCUGUAAUCCCACCACGUGGGAAAUGGAAGCUGGAGGAUCAAGAGUCGGGGCUAGCCUCAGCUACAUAGUAAGUUGAAGACUAGCUUAGACUACACGAGACCCUGUCUCAAAAAAACAAGAAAAAAACUCAGCAACUUUGUAAGAAACCAUGAGGCCUUGUGGGGUUGGAUAGACCUUCCUUGGAAUGAAUUUGUGGAAGCAUGUGCUUGGUCUGUGUGCACGCAUGCGUGUGUCCUUUAUUUUUUUAAGUUGGUAUAUAACCUUGCUGUGUGUGUGAGGCAGACAUUUCUAUCUAUAGACUACCUCCUUCCUAGAAAAGUCUGAGCUUUGUGUUGGUUUGAAUAGCCAUAGAAUUCUUAGCAUCAACAGAUACUCAGGGAGAGACGCUGUCCCUUCAGCUCAUCCCUGGUGUGCAUCACCAGUCACCUUGCUAGGGCAAGCAGUGUUGGGCAUCAGUAGCCUGAGGCAAGGGAAAGGAGCAGGCUGUCAGAGUUUGAGACACCUUCUGAGGCAUCGUAGUUCUAAUUCUGCUCUGGACCAUCUCCGCUUAGCUCAGUGACUGAAGGCUUAGAGUUGGGGGUCUCAGGGUGGUCCUGUGAAGGCCUGGGUUGGAGGGUCUGCCAGUUCCCUUGGGUGUCCAUUGGUCCCCUGUGGUGGGUCUAAAGGCUGUGCACCGUGGUUCAGAGCAGUGCCACACACCCCUGUGUCUGCGUCCCUGGGGGGAAGGGGGUUACUUAAACUGUACUUUUACUCAUGCCGAUGUUUUUAAAAAUACAAAAUUAAAAUGUCAAGUUUAACUUAA